AAUUUAUUCUAUGACUGGGAUAUAAACAAGUUUAUUUACUGCAGAACUUGUAACUACACUAUAUUGCCAAAAGUGUUGGAACACCCUUCCAAAUCAUUGGACUCAGGUGUUCCAAUCACCUCCAUGGCCACAGGCAUGCAGACUGCUUCUACAAACAUUUGUGAAAGAAUGGGUCGCUCUCAGGAGCUCAGUGAAUUCAAGCGUGGUACCGUGAUAGGUUGCCAACUGUGCAAUAAGUCCAUCCGUGAAAUUUCCUUGCUACUAAAUAUUCCACGGUCACCUGUUAGUGGUAUUAUAACAAAGUGGAAGCAACUGGGAACAACAGCAACUCAUCCGGGAAGUGGUAGGUCAUGUAAAAUGACAGAACAGGGUCAGCGCAUGCUGAAGCACACAGUGCGCAGAAGUCGGCAAUUGUCAGCAGAGUCAAUAGCUAAAGAUCUGCAAACUUCAUGUGGCCUUCAAAUUAACACAACAACAGAGAGCAUAGAGAGCUUCAUGGAAUGGGUUUCCCUGGCUGAGCAGCUGCAUCCAAGCCUUACAUCACCAAGUGCAAUGCAAAGUGUCAUAUGCAGUGGUGUGAAGCACGCCGCCACUGGACUCUAGAGCAAUGGAGACGUGUUCUCUGGAGUGAUUAAUCACACUUCUCUGUUUGGUAAUCCAAUCGAUGUGUCUGGGUUUGGUGGUUGCCAGGAGAACAGUACUUGCCUUG